UAAACAAAGCUGUUCUUCAAACCGAUUCAAACAGCGAAAUAUUUUAACUUUCCGCUUUCGAAGUCCAUUUUUUUCGAAUGGGAAUUCCUAAUUCUUCCGGCCUUCUUUCGCUGCGAAGUGCGAACCCGUACCAUCCAAUGCAGCCCAUAUGUCUGGGGAACUAAGAAAUCAGAACGGUUAGCUACUAGAUGGCUGUAAAUACCAGUCGUCCCGCUGUCCAUAAAUUGUGACUGCACUCUGCUCGACAUCCAUCCGGAUCCUUACGACCUUGUAUUGCUGCAAAGUCGCAAGCGUCGGCAUACUGCUAAGAAUGAAAAUCGUCACCUGGAACAUCAACGGUAUUCGGGCCACAUCCGGAAGUCUGAAGGCCCUACUGGAUAGUCUCGACGCCGACAUUAUCUGCCUGCAAGAGACGAAGAUCACUCGGGAAAUGCAAACAGCCAGUACGGCGCUGGUGGACGGCUACAACGCGUACUUCUCCUACUCGCGGAAACGAGCCGGAUAUUCCGGUGUUGUCAACUACUGUCGGGAUCGUGUGCGACCCGUUGCCGCGGAAGAGGGCCUUUCGGGGUAUCUUGCCACAGCCAACGGACGGCAGCCUGCGGCGGAUACGGUGGGCUGUUAUGGAAAUUUGACGGACUUCCCUGACGGAGAACUGAAGGAUCUGGACGGGGAGGGCCGCACUGUCAUCACAGAACAUCAGUUCCGGGACAAGGAGGGACGGUUGCAGACUGUGUGUGUUAUUAAUGUUUAUUGUCCGCAUAUCGACAAGGAACGUGAUGACAGGAAAGCCUAUAAGGCAAAUUUUUUUGCGUGUCUGCAAAAGCGCGCUGAAGCUUUGCUGACAGCAGGAAAGCAUGUGAUUAUUGUUGGGGAUCUCAACACUUCGCAUCGACCAAUAGACACGUGCGAUUCUUGGACCGAAAAUCCCUACCGCCUUUGGAUGAACGAUUUUCUUUUGGACCACUCAAUCGUUCUUCCAGCUUCUGCCCCAUCGUCCGAAGAUGGCGUUCCCCUGACUUGCGAAAAUGAUAAAAGUGACACACUCAGUCAGCCACCGGUUUCCAGCGCAAAAUUCACCGAUGCCUUCCGGUAUUUUCAGCCAACAACGAAAUGCGCGUACACCUGUUGGUCAACUUCCACUGGGGCUCGGCAUAACAACUAUGGUUGCCGGUUGGAUUAUAUUAUCGCUGAUAAUGAUCUGAUAAAGACUGCAUUUGUUGCUUGUGAAAUACGAGCGGAAAUUCAAGGAUCUGAUCACUGCCCUGUACGCGCUACCCUGGGUGUGGAAUGUAUCGCCGCGGAAAAGUGUCCAUCAUUGUGUACGAAAUACAUGCCAGAAUUUCAAGGGAAACAGCAAACUCUUCAUGCUUUUUUUCGAAGCCAGACAGUUACGCAGGAAGCCGAGCCGUCUGUAAAGAAGCUGAAAUUGACGGAAACUGUUAUCACCACGAACAAACUCGUGAAAUCUGCCUCGUUAAAUGUCACGAAGAGUAAAGGACAGAUGUCUUUGACGAAUUUUUUCGGAAAGAGGACCGAUGUGAUUAACGCUGUAGUCGCCACAAACCCCGUUGAAGCAUCUGUUAAAGCAGAAUCGCCUGCGUCGCCGGACGUUGUUUGCCUUGAUACAUGUAGUUCACAGUCAUCCGGUGCCAGUGUCGUAUCGGAUACGACAGAUAGUGAUAGUGAUGCGGCUAGGAUUCAAUGGCAAAAAUUGCUCAAAGGUCCACGACCGCCUCCGACUUGUCACUGUGGUCAGGCUUGCAUCAUGAAGAAAGUGAAUAAAAAAGGUCCCAACAAGGGUAAGCAGUUUUAUCUGUGCUCAAAGCCGCCGGGUGUGCCUGGUGAUCCUAAUGCUCGAUGUAAUUUCUUUAGAUGGAUUUAAUGCUUUGUGUGAUAUACUUGUUUGUAGUUUUAAAAAUGAUCUGUUGCUACCUGUUCAUUGAUAUGCACCUUGCAUAAUGAUCUAGAAUUUUGUGUAAUUGUGUUCAGUAUUAGUUGUGCAAACUACAAAAAUUCGAAGCACGGAUGAAAUGACUCGCAUCAU